GCAUGAUUCAAUCCCCAAUCUGACAGACCAUGAACGCGCAACCCAAGUCGGGCGUGGCCCUGGCUGCCCGCUACGCGAUCCCCUUUGUUCUCCUGCUGAUCCCUCUGUGGAUGGCGAAGAUCAAUACCGUUGUUCCCGAACCGUAUCUGGACGAGGCCUUUCAUGUCCCCCAGGCUCAGGCCUACUGGGCUCAUAAAUGGACGCAUUGGGAUCCCAAGAUCACCACUCCUCCGGGAUUGUAUCUCUGGUCCUAUGUGCUGUGUGCGGUUGCGCUCUUCCUGCGCGGUUCCCCCACGGAGCUGACCCCGGAUGCUCUGCGUGCGACCAACGUGGCCGCCACUGCCGUGGCGCUGCCGUUGCGACUGCAGACCCUGUUGGAUCGGCUGCGCCGGACACGCAACACUCGUCCGUCCGGCGCAUGGCUGAGCCAUACCGUGUUGAAUAUCUGUCUCUUCCCGCCGCUGUUCUUUUUCUCUGGGCUGUACUAUACCGAUAUCCUGGCGCUGCUGGUGGUCAUUGAGGCAUACAACUGGGACUUGAAGCGGUCGCAGGGUGCGUUUGCUCCGCUGCAGACGCUGGUAUUUAUUGUGCUGGGAUUGGUGGCGUUGGCUUUCCGACAGACUAAUAUCUUCUGGGUGGCUAUCUUCCUCGGCGGGUUGCAGGUCGUGCGGCGGUUGCGGCUGUCGUCGAAAAGAUGCGAGUCGUCGGGCUUUGCGGAUGUUGCGAAGGCGGGGUGGAUGAAUGAGUUGUAUGAUCCGUUUGUGUCGGAGGCGACAAUUGCAGACUACUUCAAGACGGCUGUUUCGUUGGUGCUGGUUGCGGUGAACAACCUGGGCUCGGUGGUCAGCUCGGCUGUUCCGUAUCUGAUUAUACUGGCUGGGUUUGGUGGGUUCGUGCUGUGGAAUGAUGGUGUGGUGCUGGGACACAAGGAGUUCCACACGGCCGGCCUGCAUCUGCCUCAGAUGCUCUACAUCUGGCCCUACUUUGUGUUCUUUUCCUGGCCCCUUCUACUGUCACCGGUUGUCAACCUGGUUCUGCCCAAGUCACUUCUACCUAAAUUCCUCGACUUUGGCUUCCCGAAGAAACAAAAGGGCUUUCCGAAGCUGCUGACGGCGCUGGUGGUUCUUCCGGUGAUGCUGGCUGUGGUCCAUUUCAACACCAUUGUGCAUCCCUUUACGCUGGCCGACAACCGGCACUAUGUUUUCUAUGUCUUCCGGAUUCUGCUGCGCACGCACCCUGCCGUCAAGUACGCCGCGGUGGUGGUGUACUUUCUCUGCGCGUGGAUGGUCAUCUCGGCCUUUGGAUUCUCGACCGUUCCCGCGGUCCCUCAGUUGAUGCGUGUCCCGCAGACCCAGCCCGUCCCAGUACCACAGGAGGGCCAGAAGCUGGACCAGAAGAAGGUCGAGCGUCGCAAGACCAAGAAGGCCGCCCCCAAGCCUGAGCCCAAGCCCGAGCCGAUCCCGUUCGAGUCGUUCGCGCGGCUUCAGGAGCACAUUGCGCAGCGGCAGAAGCAGCACCAGGGCGCGCCGCAGGUGAGCUUCGUGCUUGUCUGGCUGGCGGCCACGACGCUGUCGUUGAUUACGGCGCCGCUUGUGGAGCCGCGAUACUUCAUCAUCCCGUGGGUGAUGUGGCGUCUGCAUCUGCCGCCGCAGCCGACGCCGGUGGUGCACCGGCAGCGGGCCCGCGAUGCAGCGGAGGAGCUGAACGCGAAGGUGGCGACGAAUAUGGCGUUGUUCCUGGAGACGUAUUGGUUCUUGGUGAUCAAUGCGGUGACGGGCUACAUUUUCCUGUACUGCGGGUUUGAGUGGCCGCAGGAACCGGGGAGGGUGCAGCGAUUCAUGUGGACCAAACUAUCCAACUCCGACUCCAAUCCUCCUUCCUCAGGAACUCACAGUGACAAUAACCACCCUAUCCUAGCAUCCCUACACCGCUCCAUCACACCCCCAUCCCUAUCCCGCGCCACAGCACCACCACCGCAUCCAACCUCACCUCGCCCCCAAGCACAACACCAAGCCAACUCCAACCACAAAAACACCAAAAAUAAUGAAAAGAAAAAGACCGUCCCCUCCCCCAUCCAACUAACCCACAUCCGCGACCUCCCCCAAACCACAACCCACAACCUCUCCACCAUCCAACUCCACGACCUCCUCGGCUCGCCGCUAAUCCGCGAAUGUUGGCAAUUCAACUACCUCUUUGAUGUGGAUUUUCUGAUGAGCCAGUUCGAUGAGGAUGUACGGCAAGGAACCGAAGGAAGCAUAAUAGUCAUCCACACAGCAAACAUGAUUCCCGGCGACUGGACAAACAUGACCCAGGCUGUGUGGCGAUCUCCCCUUCUUCCACUAUCCACAUCUACCUCUUCCCAACCUCACGGGGAGAUGGGACCAGGGGGGAAGUUUAAAAGAGAUUUUCUUUCGUAUUUACGGGCAUAUGGUCCCAGCAAAACAGGGAAGCUGGUUGAACAGCUCGAAAAGUACGAUUUCGGGGCCGUGAGAGCCGCGUUAGUGGCUAGUGUGCCUUCGAAGCUGAAGGUGGGCGAGUAUGAUGAGAGAAAGACGCGGUGGGGGUGGUUGGGAUUGAGGGAUGUUUUGCGGUCUGUUCCUGUAGCUUCAGAGGGGAAGGGGGAGGGGAGACCGCAUAUUGUGACUCAGAUAUCCUCCGUCGCCACUCUGGGCCAAACGCCCAAAUGGCUCCAAGAGACCUUCUUCACGUCUCUUGCUCCGAAAGACGAGACUAAGCCAAACUACUCGAUCAUAUUCCCCACCCCUGAUGAGAUCCGCCGCUCACUGAAUGGUUAUGCGUCCGGCGGCUCCAUUCACAUGAAGUUGCAGAGCGCGGCGCAGCAGAAACAACUACAGUAUCUACGGCCGUAUCUGUGUCGGUGGGCAGGCGAGGAGUCUACGGAUCGAGACGCGGGUCGACGGCGCGCGGCACCACAUAUCAAGACGUAUAUCCGGUAUGCGAACGAGGAAAUGGACCGCAUUGAUUGGGCGAUGGUUACAUCAGCGAAUCUGUCGACGCAGGCAUGGGGGGCGGCCGUGAAUGCGAAUGGGGAGGUGAGGGGGUGUAGUUGGGAGAUUGGGGUUGUGGUGUGGCCGGAUUUGUUGGGCGCAGGCAACGAAGGUGCACAGGAUGAAGAUGUAAAGGGGGGUGAAAAGAGUACAGUAAUGGCCCCCUGCUUCCGAACAGACAUGCCCGAUGCAGCCGCAGCUGCAGCCGUUGAUGCAGACACCGUCAUUGGAUUCCGCAUGCCCUACGACCUGCCUUUGACACGAUACACGGCCGACGAUACACCAUGGUGCGCAACAGCCAGCCACAGCGAACCAGACUGGCUCGGGCAGACCUGGGAGGGUUAACCAACUACCCAUCUACAGCCUACAACUCCCAUCCCAACACACACCCACAUACAGAGGGAGAAAGAGAGAGAGAGAGAUGAACCAAUCGAUGACUAUGCAAUAUCAUAACUCAUCCAUCACCGCAACCCAUGUAUCCAGAUCCAGUCCAGUAUCUAGU